AAAAGAUGAACAUUAUAAAAAACCAUCAAUUGCUAUAAUGAAAGUUUUCAGCCGUGCAGGAAGUUCAGCGUUCAAUUCAAAGUACACGUAAACGUACAAUUUCAACCAAUUUUCUCAUCAUUUCGUAAAAAUUCAAACCGCUACUCAACAAUCCCUCACUUUCGAUAACAUCGAUUCAUUUUUAAACUUGCAUACAUGUUUAACGUUUCAUGUUACGCAAGCGCAACGAAGUUUCCUCAAAGAAGGAAGAUAUUGCCGUAUGCAACAUGAUCAGUCGCAAAACAAAAUUUUCAUCCGAUUGAUGAAAAAUGGUACAAAUCAGAAACGCGAGAGAAGGCAUAAAGCAUACCUUUUGGUUCGCAUAUCCGCUCUCGAGAAUGCUUGGCUAUUGGCCAUUGAGCGCCCCCUCUUCCGCGUUUUCCAAAAUUUUAAACUCCUUUACAAUUUUUUUCUCGUAUUUGCUGCCAUUGGUAGUCUUGAUUCCAGGCCUUCUGUACGUAUUUCUGAAAGAGAGGAAUGGAAGGAGAAAGGUCAAAAUGUUGAUGCCACACAUCAACAGUAUCGCACAAAUGACUAAGUACACGAUUAUAUUACGGCGAACGAAGGAACUUGGCAAAUUAUUGGACGAGAUAAAGAAGGAUUGGUCGACAGCCACGCAGGAGAAUCGACUUUUUAGCGCGAGGGCGUCCAUCGAGCACAAGCUGACGACGGUAAUAGCCAUCACUAUAUACGGUGGAGGUUUCUUUUACAGGUUGAUUCUUCCACUUUCGAAAGGUAGAAUCGUUUUACCUAACAACGUGACCAUAAGAUUGUUGCCCUGUCCGGGUUACUUUGGCUCCUUGAACGUUCAAAUCACACCGAACUACGAGAUAAUCUUCACUCUCCAAAUUCUCGGCGGAUUUAUCAUUUACACAGCUCUGUGCGGCGUGAAGAGUUCUUGUUUGAUGCUGUGCAUGCACAUGUGUGGUUUGUUGAGGAUUUUGACGAACAAGGUGAUGGAACUGACGAAUGAUAAAGAUGAACGUGUUGUGCAGGAGAAGAUCGUGUUCAUUGUUCAGUAUCAGACGCGGAUCAAAGAAUUUUACAAUUACGUUGAUCAAUUCGUACCCUACGUUUAUUUUAUCGAAAUGAUCGUCGGUGUAUCAAUUACGUGUGUACUUGGUUACUGCAUAAUCGUGGAAUGGGAAGACAGCGAUGCCAUGGCUAUAAUAGCUUAUAUUGUCCUGCAAAUAACUUGCGUCUUUGGCACAUUCUCGAUAUGCUACGCCGGUCAACUUCUAGUCGACGAAAGCGAGAAUGUUAGACAGGCGUGCAACACAUUGAAGUGGUAUCGAUUACCUACAAAGAAGGCUCGCAGCUUGAUAUUGUUGAUCAUUAUGUCCAAUUAUCCGCUAAAAGUCACUGCAGGAAGAAUUAUAGACAUGUCAUUAAUCACGUUUACUAGCAUCAUUAAGAGUGCAAUGGGAUACAUGAAUAUACUACAACAAGUUACUUAAGAUUUUGAAAACUCUAUUACUCUACUGCAAUAGCCAAAGAUGGUCCUGAACUAUGUACAAAGCACUUGUUCACCUGUUUCUUAUGGAAUCAAAAUUUGAAUAAUUGAAUCGCAAUUACAAGAAAUUUUGUAUAAUUUGUUUCUGUGUUGUACUCUUAUAUAUAUAUAUAUUUGUAUUUAUUACAAUGAAAAUAAUCGCAUUUAUCCAUUGUAAAAUCCAUCGAUAUUUUACAAGAUUACAAAUCAUUAUCAUUAUGACUUGUGCAUUAGAAUUUAUG